CCUACCAGCUCCAGUGCAUGUCCUUUUGCUCAGGAAGGUUGGGUAUGCAUCAGUCGCACCUAGCGCAGGGCUUUAUACGCUCAUCGCUGGGUCGGCGGUAUGCUCACUCUCCACUUGAAACAUGAAAUAGGUCUUACGACACCGGUGCCGAAAGACGCGCCCAAGACGAAUAGUUCAAGCCCCUUCUACUUCGAAGCAGGUUAUGCUGGCUGGGCUAAGAGGCCGUCCAAACCCUUCCCUCCACCCUUCUUCAGUCCACCGAGUGGCUCAUUCUCCGACCCUCUUAGUACGCACAACCGGAGUGUCGAUCGCCGGCCAAAGGUCAAUGGGCAAAUGAUACGAGGCGUCACCGUUGGCGACGAUGCGUUACUGGUUAGUGACAACCUCAUUGGGACGAACGACGGGGUUGGUGCCUGGGCGCAGAGGGAGAGGGGCCAUGCGCCGCUAUGGAGUCGGCUUAUUCUGCACUUCUGGGCACUGGCGGCGGAGAAAGACGGGUAUGGAGGGGAAAGCGGCGAGCCGGACCUGGUGAAGUACUUGAGCGAGGCCUACGAGCAUACCAAGGAGGCAUUGAGUCCACCCACGGAGUGGUUUGGAACUACGACGGCAAGCGCUGCUUUACUGCAUUACGGCGAGGACAAAAGCACGCCGAGGCCUGUUGUCUAUGUGACGCAGCUUGGCGACAGCAAGGUCAUGAUUGUGCGACCGAGAGAUAAGCGGGUACUUUUUGAGACGGAGGAGCAAUGGCAUUACUUUGACUGUCCGCGGCAACUGGGAACCAACUCACCUGACACACCGGAGCAGAACGCGGUGAUGACCAAGGUAGAAGUGGAAGAAGACGAUAUCGUUUUAGCCAUGUCUGAUGGCGUGACGGACAAUCUGUGGGAGCAUGAGAUCACGGAUACGGCGGUCGCGUCGCUUGAAGGCUGGCAUGAGAAGCUUAAGAAGGGAGACCUUGGCUCAGACGUAGGCGAAGGCGGUAGCCUUGCUGAAGGUAUGCGAUAUGUCGCGCAAGAGGUCGUGCUGGCAGCGAGGAAGAUUGCCGAAGACCCGUUCGCCUCCAGUCCGUUUAUGGAGCGUGCGGUCGAGGAGGGUCUCGCUAUCGAAGGUGGCAAGCUUGAUGAUAUCUCUGUGGUAGCUGCGCUGUGCAGAAGAAGAAAAGGAUGAAAGAGGAGUCUCUGCCGCAAUGACAGACCGCCAACGCAGCGUAAACCGAGUCCUGCAACGCCGCAACACCGCUUCCGUCUUGCCGCUGCACACAUCAACGCCGAGGACAGUCACCUAGUACAGAAGACACAAGGCAGUCGCAUAUCCGGCUACUUGCCAGACCCUGCGUUAGGACU